AAGUGUAUUCGCGUCGGCGGUAAACACUGCGAUUUGACGACCGUUGGAACCGAUGGCAGACAUCACACGUUCUUCGAGAUGUUAGGCAAUUGGUCUUUUGGUGAUUACCAUAAAAAAGAGUCGUGUCGUAUGGCAUGGGAUCUAUUGACACAAGUGUUUAAACUGGAUGUCAACCGAUUGGUUGUCACGUAUUUCGGUGGCGAUAAACAGUUAGGUUUAGAACCAGACUUUGAAACCAGAGAUAUUUGGCUACAAAUUGGUUUAGCCAAAGACCGAGUCAUACCGUUGGGAUCCAAAGAUAACUUCUGGGAAAUGGGCGAAACAGGUCCGUGCGGUAUAUGUACUGAAAUACACUACUUAUUAGAGCCCACGGUAUCAACAAAUGCGGACCAUUUGAUGAAGAAUUGUAUUGAGAUCUGGAAUCUUAACAGUCACUCUAAACCUUAUGGACACAGUAUUGCCGAUCCGUUGGACAUAUCGUACCGAAUACUCGCAGAUCACUCGCGAAUGUAUACCAUAGCCAUCAGCGAUGGCCUUAAGUCU